UUGAAGCAUGAGGUCAGGUCAGGGACAGGUAAACAUCGUAUCCUCCAUGAAACCUCUCGCCUUUUUUCCGAGUUCUCGGAUCAUCGCGACGAGCAGAAUAGUGGGUGAUGAGUCAGUGGAUGAAUUCACCACGCUCUUACCAAAAAGCAAAAGUCUCCAAUGUCCACCACCAAGAUCAGCUGAGGAAAAGAGAUGGAAAAACCAGGGAAGAAGAGCAAGAACAAGAGAGCAUACACCACGAGUCAAGGCUCUUGAGGAAACCAACCCCCACCAUUAAAUUAAGCAGACCCGUCUCCUGCAAAAGUCCAAUUUCAACUUAAGUAAACAUUGAUUCUCUUCCUCGUGAUAUUCCCAUUAACACUCCACUCAAAUCUAACCUCCCUCAAAUAAAAUAAUCUCUCCUUCCUCUCUCUCUCUCUCUCUCUCUCUCACAGUGGGGGAAGGGUGUCUCUUGUCUGUAACAGUUCAGUUCCUCCGUGAGUGGGGUUGCUUGUGGUACACAGGGCAUUUCAAUUCGUGGGUCGGUUUCAGUUCGUGGAAUUAAUUUCGUGUUGGUGGAGAAGUAGGCGUUUAUGGGUUCAGAGUCUCUGCGGGUUCCAGAGCAUGUUGUUUAUUCACAGAGAGAUUGAUUAAUUUCUCUUCUUUCCUUCUUUGUGUUUCCUCCACCACAAGGGAAAUUUUUUAUUUAUUGCUUUUGCUUUGCUCGCACUGUACGCGGGGUCUCUCGUUUGCUGAUCUGAUUCCCUUCCUCUUCGAUCUUGCUUCAAGUGUUAUCGAGUCUGUAAAUUUAGCAAUCUUCUUUUUUCUUUUUUUUUUGCGGAGUUUAAUUUAUGUUCUUCAAUAUUGUAUUUGGGCUGGAGUUGGAAUUGUAAGGAUGAUUGGGAUUUGGUGUUGAAUGAGAUGGGGGUGGUGAUGCAAGUGAUCACUGUCCAGCUGGUUCAACUAUUCAUCAUUACCUUUGCUUCGGCUGUUCCGGGAUCUGCAGGGUCUCCAUCUACUGAGAAUUUCUCUGCUAUUCCUCCAAUAGAAGGAGCGGAGGCUUCUGCCCAUCAAAUGAAGUCACUCAAAAGCAGCGCACCAAGUCCAUUAUCUUAUCCCAAUGGGUCAAAUUUGCACUCUCCACUAGCAGCACCACCUCUUUUGUCUUCCUCACCGUCCCCAGACCAAAGAAGCGCGAAUGAAAAUGCACCGAGCUCCAUAUCUCAGCCCAGUGGGUCUAUUUUACAACCUCCACUUGCAUCGCCACCUUUGUCUGCUUUGCCGCCUUCGAAGACUACGGAACUUGUACCAUCCUUGUCACCAAGUAAUCCACAUUCAUCGUUUCCACACCCGUUGGUGCCUCCGCCAAUGAGUAUCGAAGGUGGGGCUUUGGCUCCCCCGCCGAGUGAAUCUCCUGAGAAGGCACCAGUACAUGUAACUCCUGCAGUCUCUCUAGCUCCUGCUCCUACUUUAACACCUACAAAACAUCCACCUGCACAAUCACCAGUAGACAAUGCUAGUAUUCCUGCAACUUCCCCACCAGCUGGACACCAAAGAAAUGAUUCAGCAGGCCAUAGUCCCGUCCCGGAAGCAAGUGUCCCAGCAUCAUUUUCAUCUCCACCAAGAAAAAUAGGACAAAGUCCGCCAGCAGAACGUCCCGCGAUGCUUCAUAUGACACCACCUAUACCACCCGUACCAGCAGCAUCUCCGUCAAAUGAGGGGACACAAAAUUCCCCGUCGGUCCACCCACAUGCACCUGCAGAGUCUCCAUCCAUAGUAGCAGGCCAUCACAUAUCUCCUGCAUCACCUCCGCUGAAGAAAGGUGACAAGAUGCCUGUUGCUCCACCUCCGAAUGAUGCAGCCACUGAUCUGCCUCCUAUGAAACAUCCACCUAAAGGUUCUUUUGAUGCUGUAUCUCCUUCUGUGCACAAAGCCAGCGCUCCCGCUCCCUCUCUAUUAUUCCCUCCAAGCGAAGGGCAUCGUUCACCUGCAUCUUUAGCUCCAGCUUCAUUUGUUAACCAUCAUCAUGUUGGGAAGGCCGUACUACCUCCGAGCCAUUCGCCUUUGCCAUCUAAAGGUUCAUCUGGCAGCGUAGCUCCUUCCCCACACACAAUCCAUCAUAUCUCUGCCAAUGCUCCCUCACCUCCUCCUCCAUUACCUUCCAGCAAAGGGCAUCGUUUUUCUGCAAAGUCGCCCUCGCCCUCAUCUGACAUGCAUCAUGACGGAGGGAACAAAAUUAGCAGUCCUCCUCCUUUCUCCGACCAUCCAGGUCCAGUUUCCGCUCCAGCUACACUUCCGAGACAUAAACAAAGACACAAUGCUCCUCCAUCACUGAGUCCAGGCUCUUUGGUUUCACCAACCCAUUCCACCAAUUCUCCUUCGAAGAGUGAUUUACCGCUGGCACCUUCUCCAUCUCCAAAAACUGCAUCUGGCCAUCCCAAAAUUUCUCCUUCUAAGCCUCCAUCGACAAAUCUCGUAGUGCCACCUCCACCUCCUAUUCGGGCAUUACCUCCCCCACCUCCAAAUGAAGAUUGUUCAACAACAACAUGCAUGGAUCCAUACACAAAUACUCCCCCUGGGUCCCCCUGUGGCUGCGUGUGGCCUAUGCAAGUUGGUCUGCGCCUCAAUGUUGCUCUUUAUACUUUCUUCCCCUUGGUUUCGGAGUUGGCUGAAGAAAUUGCUUCAGGUGUGUUUAUGAAGCAAAGUCAAGUCCGCAUAAUGGGGGCGAAUGCUGCCACUGAGCAGCCCGAGAAAACCAUCGUGCUAAUUGACUUGGUACCGCUGGGGGACCAAUUCGAUAAUACUACCGCUUUCUUGACUUUCAACAGAUUUUGGCAUAAGCAGGUCUUCAUAAACGCUUCCUACUUUGGUGAUUAUGAAGUCCUAUACGUGCGAUAUCCCGGGUUACCUGCAUCUCCGCCUUUGCCCCCAGAUGCUACAAUAAUUGAUGGUGGGGCCUACUCCGGCAAUGACAAUAAUGCAAGAACAAAUAAACCUCUCGGGGUAGAUGUGCAGAAGGGGCAGCAUAAUCACGGGCUAAGCGGUGGUGUGGUUGCUAUUAUUGUCCUAUCUGCCCUUGUUGCUGUUGUUUUAUGCUCUGUUGCUGGUUGGAUUUGGGUAAUGAAACACAGAGAUCGAGCUUUUCAACCUGCACCGACUCCCCAGACCUUGUUACCAUCUGUUGCAAAGUCACCAGUUAGGGCAGGGUCUAUCCCCAGAAGUGGCCCGAGCUCUGCCUCGUUGUCAUUUGGAUCUAGCAUACCGACUUAUGCAGGGUCUGCUAAAACUUUCAGCGUGAGUGAAAUUGAAAGAGCUACUGAUCAUUUCAACGAGUCAAGAAUACUUGGCGAAGGUGGCUUUGGACGUGUAUAUAGUGGCACUCUUGAAGAUGGGACCAAAGUAGCUGUGAAAGUUCUGAAGAGGGAGGAUCAACAGGGUGGCCGGGAAUUUUUAGCCGAAGUCGAGAUGCUUAGCCGCCUACACCACAGGAAUCUUGUCAAGCUAAUUGGUAUAUGUACGGAGGAACGUGCCCGCUGCCUUGUGUACGAACUUAUUCCAAAUGGCAGCGUGGAAUCUCAUUUGCAUGGAGUUGACAAGGAAGCUGCCCCACUAGAUUGGGGUGCUAGGAUGAAGAUAGCGCUUGGUGCUGCUCGUGGUUUAGCCUAUUUGCAUGAGGACUCGAGCCCACGUGUUAUACAUAGGGACUUCAAGGCCAGCAACAUAUUAUUGGAACAUGAUUUUACACCCAAAGUGUCGGAUUUUGGUUUGGCUCGCACCGCUAUGGAUGAGGAAAAUAGACACAUCUCUACACGUGUCAUGGGAACCUUUGGGUAUGUUGCUCCCGAAUAUGCCAUGACAGGGCAUCUUCUCGUGAAAAGCGACGUCUACAGUUAUGGAGUGGUACUCCUCGAGCUCCUGACAGGAAGAAAGCCGGUUGACAUGUCACAGCCACCCGGUCAAGAGAACCUGGUCACCUGGGCUCGUCCGCUGCUCACUAGCAGAGAAGGGCUAGAAGCAAUUCUAGACCUGUCUCUGGGACCUAACGUCCCCUUCGAUAGCGUGGCCAAAGUGGCAGCGAUCGCUUCAAUGUGCGUGCAGCCUGAGGUAUCACACCGUCCUUUCAUGGGUGAGGUCGUGCAGGCGCUAAAACUAGUAUGUAAUGAGUGCGAGUGCGAUGAGGCUAGAGAGGCCGGUUCCAGAAGCUCUAGCCGAGAAGAUUUGUCCAUUGAGUUGGAUCCCAGGGCUGGUGCUGGCUCUGGACAGUCGCAGCAUCCUUUACAAGGCAGAUACUCGGAUCCAGACUGCGAUUCUGUCAGUAAUAGUGAGCGAGGAGUGUCGGUUUCGGAUUUUCUCGGCACAUCAGCAGGGUACACAAGGCCCAUCUCAGGUUCAUUUCGGAGGUAUUCGAGCUCGGGUCCUUUAAGAACGGGAAGAGGAAGGCAUUUUUGGGAGAGACUAAGGAGAUUGUCCGGAGGCAGCGCGAGUGAACACGGCGCCUUUUUGGCGUUAUGGCCAGGUUCCAACUGAGGGAGGUUUCUUGGCCGACAAGAAUCGACUCAAGUUCCAACCUUUAGCGAUUUCUUUGUUCUUGGAUUUUUUCCGGAUCAACCAGCACAGCGGUCCUCCACGCCACGACUACAGCUCGCAUCAGCUUGUGAUUGCAAAACAGGAGAACCGGUCGGUGCGAACCGACAGUCCGGCAUAAAUGCUCGGCACCGGCAGGAUGUCAUCAGGCCUAACUUAAUAAGGGGAUAUGAAGGAGGAGAUGUUACCGACUGAGCUUUUCGCUGGGGCCGCGAAUGCACGGUUAUGCUAGUUAUGGAGGGGAUGGCUUUGUUUCAUUCGGUGUAAAUUUCUUUUGUUGAAUUGUAAUUGGAGAGAAAUGAGAUAGCUGGAAUGAAAAGCUCCAAGUGCUGAAGUGUACAGAACGUUAAUGGUGAAUGAAGCACUUCGUUCACCAGACCGCAUCUUGUCGAUGAGCUCCUGAAUGAAAAGAGGUCAUGUUGACUGUUGAGACCUGUGA